UUUGCCUGGAACUUGAAAUUUCAAAUGAAUAAAUGAGAUGUUCAGUAACGCAUGGUUGUCUGGAAAGAAGAUGAUAUGAGUGCAGUGAUUUGCUUUGUUCAUCAUCACAUUAUCUCCUCUUGGAAUCAUAGCAUCCAUGACCCUCGGUGCGCAGCAUUCUACGUACUUUACUCGCAAAUUUAUCCGGACACUUUACCCGCACUCACCAGGUCUACGACGUUGUUGUGGACAGGUAGGAGCCCCCGAAUACCGACAAUGUAUGUAUUCCUACAACUACUUCUUCAAGACAUAUACAUACAUACAGUACGCUACAUGCGAUUUAACACGCCUAUCUAAGCCUCGACGGUCAAAAUUACCAACCGAGCGAGCGAGCCCAAGGUACUAGCUGGAAAACAUGGUUUAUGUGAUACGACUUGAUUGCUAGGUCGGCGCUCGAUACAUGGUUGGAGUGAUCGCUCGGGGACGGAAAUGCUGCUCCAUCGGCGGACGGCUGUCGUCGUCCUUGCGGCGCUGCUUCUUGUUUCUGUCUAUCGGUUCUGCUCUGUUGGGUCUGGAUACGGUGUCCCGGUGUGGGUUCGUGGGGAUCGGAAUGGGGAUGGGGAGGCGAUGAAUGGUACGCUUGGGUUUGAGAAGGUUUUCGUGAUUAAUCUUCCUUCGCGACGGGAUCGGCGGGAUUCUAUGGCUCUGGCUGGUGUCGUAAGUAACUUAAACUUCACAUUCAUAAGAGCGUUAACGGGAGAGAAUGCGGUACUACCCGCGCCCCUGGCCCUGGGGAAUGCUGCAGAAGAUCGCACCGCAACAGACUUCUCGCAUUCUGCAUCGACAGGGGCUAGAGGAUCGUGGGGUUCACAUUUGAGCGCUCUACAGAGCAUCGUCGAUCUCAAAUUAGGCAGUGCUCUGGUGCUCGAAGAUGAUGUUGACUGGGACGUGCGGUUGAAGGCGCAGAUGCGGACCUUCGCCAGAGCGUCGCGGACGUGGCUGGCCAUCGAGCAACGCAAACGGCCGAAGGCUGGACCGCUUUUAUCCUCAGUUUCCAACAUAAGAGGAGCUAUAAAGACGGAUGUCGAAGGAGACGCAAUUGCGCUUCCGCCACACGUCCCCUUGAUUGAUGGUGGCUCUCGUGCUCGUAGCGCAAGCCCUUACGGCGAUAACUGGGAUGUCCUAUGGCUCGGCCACUGCGGCGCGGAUCUUCCGACUGCACAGCGAGAGGCGCGAUCGCGCACCCCUGAUUCUUUUUCUUCGUCGUCUUCAGCACUCAAGAUAACCAUCGCCAACGACACCACGGUCCCAGCGCCAAAACAUCUCCAGCCACACCCCUUCGCACUUCUCGACGCCCUCGCAGACGCAUAUCCCGCGCACACUCGCGUCGUGCACGCCUCCCGCGGGAACGUGUGUAGUCUCGCGUAUGCGGUGAGUCAGAGGGGCGCGCGCAAGCUCCUGCGGCGUUUCAGCGAGGACGGUUUCGUUGCGCAGUGGGAUCUGAUGCUGAGAGAUUACUGUUCCGGCGAAGACGAAGAGCAAUCCAGAGGCAUGGAACAAGGAAGGAAAGACCGGGAGAGUCUUAUCUGUCUCACUGUGCAACCACCGCUCAUCAGCCAUCGGUACGAAACGGGAGGAGGAGCGUCAGUCUCAGAUAUCAGGGGCCAGGGUGGAGGGUUCGCACGGGAGAAAAUGGGGACGCCGUAUAUUCGGCUUAGUGUCCAGGCGAAUCUGGAUCGCUUGCUUGCUGGGUAUCCGGAAGAGAGGUUGGUUGAUCAGCUCCCUGACCACGGGAGUGCUCUCUGGUAGAUAGAUAGAGUAGUUAGGGUGCCAUGACUAGAGGGGGCAUAUAGUAGGUUAGGUUCGAUUCCUUUCAGCGCUAUAUGGUUAUUCGUUUUUGGCUUAUUUGAUAGAUAUUCCGGGUAUGCUU